AUGGUACAAAAGUUGAUUCUUCUCAGCGCUUUGGUGGCCACCGCUACCGCCGUUGCAGUCCUGCCCGGGCCCGGAUACCCAGGUUUAGCAGGCAUCGCAGGAUUACACGGCCUGCCCGGAUUGCCCGGAUUACCCGCAUUGCCUGCGCUACCAGCCCUGACGAAAAUUGCCGCGCCUGUGCUGCCUGCCAUCACCAAGAUUGCUGCGCCACUUGCCGUCGCAAAAGUGGCCGUCCCAGAGCCAUACGAUCCCAAUCCACAGUAUAGUUUCAGCUAUGAUGUUCACGAUAGCUCAACCGGCGAUGUGAAGAGUCAACAGGAAGUGCGCAGCGGUGAUGUUGUGCAAGGCGCUUACUCGCUGAUUGAACCGGAUGGCACGCGUCGCAUUGUCGAAUACACCGCCGAUCCAGUGCACGGAUUUAAUGCAAUCGUUAAACGUGAACCAAUUGCUGUUAAGGCGGUCGCUCCAAUUGCCAAAGUACUCGCCCCUGCACCGUUAUUGGCUGCUCCAGUCAUAGCUAAGGCUAUACCAGCAAUACCAGCAUUGCACGGUCUACCGGCGCUUGGUCCUCCAUUAGGUCCUGGACCGCUUUCUUACUUACACGGCUAAGCGGCGAUAAAAGACGAAAUGUGACAUCAACAACAACAACAACAACUGGAAAGAAACACACACCCACACACACACACUUAGUCAGUUCACAUAUACAUACAUAGAAAAGUAUAUGCGAAAAUGUGAAAUAUUACCGUUGCCGACCUCUUGCCGCUGCCAUCGCCCCAUAAAUGAUUGACAACACAACUAGCCAGUAGCCCUCUGCAAGUCGACAAGCCAACAAAGAAGCAAAGAAACAAACAAACAACGCACAAGAAUGCAAGCGCCUUCUCCACGCUAGCGCUAUAUAUCGGCGCUUUCAUCUGCACUUUAAUCACAGCUUCGAUGCUUUUAAAGUUGAAGUUGAAGUUGAAGCGCGCAUCCUACGCUUUAUCGGAAUGGGCGCGUUCUCGCACAGUGGCAAACGAAAUUCUUCUACUACUCAAUGCAUUUCAGCAAAUCAUAGUUGGAAAUGUUUUCGCUGUAGUAGUAGUAGUAGUUUGCACAUACACACGCACUCACAUAUACGCGCACUUCGAAUUUUAACUCCAGCUACAUACUCUCUCUCUCUAUCUCUCUGUGAAAGCUCUGGAGUUUCUAAGCGAAAGAACGUCGAGAAUUCAUAGCUGCACCU